AUGUCUGCCCUAAUUCACCCGCAGUUCAUGUCCUUUCUAACAGUCGUAGAAAUGACGAACAUGCACGUUCCCAAGGGCGACAAGAUCGAGGAGACCCGCGCCAACCUCCCCCUCCCCGAGCAGCCUCCUGUCGCCUCCGAUUGGCAAUCCGCCGACGCAUCCAAGGUCAACGUCGGCAGCGGCGGCGAUGCUGAGGCUGACAUUGGAACUGGUUCUGCCGCGCAGGCCGGUCUCCGCGAACCCACCUCCAAGAAUGACGCGGAUUUGAGCAACGUCGGACGGCAAGGCAAGGACAAUCUUAGCGGCCCCCCCAAGGAUGCUGCUGCGAAAUGAAGUUGAGUAGGGUCAGGAGUAGGACAGCGUUUGGCUUUUUAAAGUUAUCAUGACUAGAUGAUCAGUUCAACAACGUCAACAUAACCAUGACCAACAUUCACUCA